AUGAGGCACAGCAUGCUGCCUCGCUCAGCGCUGCGACGCGGGCAGCUAUCAUGGCAUCGGAGGCCGCAGUCAUUGGCGCAGGCGCGGUGUCUGAAUGCGGCCGCUGCAGCUCAAGUCACACCGAACCCCCAAGGGCAACCACUCCCGCGCCGCGAACUCAUCAAGGAUGCGAAACCCUUCUCCGACUUCCUCACCGACAACUUCCACAGGCAGCACGACUACCUCCGCAUAUCCGUCACGGAACGGUGUAACCUGCGAUGUGUGUACUGCAUGCCGGAGGAGGGUGUGCCGCUAUCACCGAUGAAGGAGCUCCUGACCACCCCCGAGAUCGUGCUUCUGUCCUCCGUCUUCGUGUCACAGGGAGUCUCCAAAAUCCGACUAACAGGCGGGGAACCCACGGUGCGGCGAGACAUCGUCCCGCUCAUGCAUCAGAUCGGGGCUUUGAGACCUCACGGCCUAAAGGAACUGUGUCUGACGACCAACGGCCUUUCCCUCCACCGGAAGCUCGACAGCAUGGUGGAGGCAGGCCUCACCGGGAUCAAUCUGAGUCUCGAUACCCUGGAUCCGCACAUGUUCACAAUCAUGACGCGGCGGAACGGUUUCGACGCCGUCAAGAAGAGCAUCGACCGCAUCUUCGAGCUCAACAAGCACGGCGCCGGCAUCAAGUUCAAGAUCAACUGCGUCGUCAUGCGCGGCCGCAACGACCACGAGAUCGUCCCCUUCGUCGAGAUGACGCGGGAAAAGGACGUCGAGGUGCGCUUCAUCGAGUACAUGCCCUUUGACGGCAACAAGUGGAACCAGGGAAAGAUGCUGGGCUACGCCGAGAUGCUCGACAUGAUCAGGGAAAAGUACCCGUCCCUGGAGAAGGUCAAGGACCACAAGAACGACACGAGCAAGACGUGGCGCAUCCCCGGCCACGCGGGCAAGAUCGGCUUCAUCACGAGCAUGACGCACAACUUCUGCGGGACCUGCAACCGCCUGCGCAUCACCAGCGACGGCAACCUCAAGGUCUGCCUCUUCGGUAACACUGAAGUCUCCCUGCGGGAUAUCCUGCGCAAGUCCAACAACGGGGACCCCAUCGACGAGAAGGCCUUCGAGGCGAUGAAGCAGAUCGAGAUGGACCGGCGCCAGGGCCUGGCGGACGCGGAGAAGCCUCUGGGUGCCGCGCUCAACGAGGCGGAGCUGCUCGACGUGAUCGGGAUGGCGGUCAAGAGGAAGAAGGAGAAGCACGCGGGUAUCGGGGAGUUGGAGCACAUGAAGAACAGGCCGAUGAUCUUGAUAGAUUCACAACCACUUUCGUCUUAUACAACUCGUGCCCCUGAGAUGCCCAAGAAGUUCAUGUCUCCGAAUGAACCCACCGGCUUCUCCCUCACCUCGCGUCCAACAGGCAUCUCAGGGGUCCCAACCCACCUACUCUACUCAAACGCACCACAACCUCACCAACUCCGCCUCUUCUCCUCAACCCCCCGCAACCCCAAAAACGACAAAAACGACAACGACGACCCCAAACUAACCCACGUCUCCCCGACCGGCGCAGCCUACAUGGUCUCCAUAACCGCCAAACAGCCAACGACCCGCCUCGCAAAGGCCGCCUGCACCGUGACCUUCUCCUCCCCGCUCGCCCUGCGCCUCAUCCGCGCGAACCAGGUGAAGAAGGGCGACGUCCUCGGCGCCGCCCGCAUCGCAGGCAUCAUGGCCGCCAAGCGCACGCCCGACAUCAUCCCGCUGUGUCACCCGAUCGCGCUCUCGCACGUCGCCGUCGAGCUGGAGCCGGAGGGUGCCGACGAGACGGGGGCGGAGACGGUGCUGCACGUCCGCGCCACCGUCGAGUGCGACGGCAAGACGGGCGUCGAGAUGGAGGCUCUCACGGCCGCGUCCGCCGCGGCGCUGACUGUCUAUGACAUGUGUAAGGCCGUUGAUAAAGGUAUGAUCAUUGGCGGGCUGAGGGUUGUUUUGAAGGAGGGUGGUAAGAGCGGGCGGUGGGAGAUGCCGUGA